AUGGUCAUGGUGUGUGAGAAAUGUUCUGCGAUGACAAUUUUUUGGGUGGUAUGGAUGGAUAGGAAUGUAAGGAUAUUUGAGAGAGCAGUGGAUGAGGAGGUGGAUCAUUUGUGGGAUAGAAUUCGUGUUGGGAUUUCCUUUGGGCUGUGUCUUCAGAGUUAUACAGAUAGUUUUGUUCUGAGUAUAUGCAAAGUGGCAGAGCAACUGAGAAGACUGAUGUUUAUAGUUUUGGGGGUCCUGGUGCUUGAAGUGUUGAGCGGAAAACGACCCACAGAUGCAUCAUUCAUUGAGAAGGGCCUCAACAUUGUUGGCUGGUUAAAUUUUCUGGUCACAGAGAAUAGGCAAAGAGACAUUGUUGAUCCACAGUGCGAGGGGGUGCAAGCUGAAAGCCUUGAUGCCUUGCUCUCCGUUGCCAUUCAAUGUGUUUCUUCAACUUCCGAAGAUCGACCCUCCAUGCAUAGGGUGGUCCAGGUGCUUGAAUCUGAGGUCAUGACACCAUGCCCAAGUGACUUCUACGAUUCCAGCUCUGAUUAA